UACGAAAUCAUGGCCACCGAAGGUCUUGAGAUGCGACAUAAGAUGGAGAGAGAACUUCUGAAAGACGAAGCUCUCAGACAGGCAAAGAUUUUGAAUCUAGCCUCACCAUGCGAUGAGCCCCAGUGGACCGUGGCUAUUUCUCUGACCAAAGAAGUAGACGGCCACGAGCAGGUAGACGCAUCUGCCGUAAUCAAGAGGGCGCGUAAAUUGCUUCGAAAGAUGAAAGAUUAUGACGCGAAUGGAAGCUUUCCUAUCCCCAAAAAGUGGAUUGUUCUUGACGAGCUCCCCACCACCGCUACUGGCCAAGUGGAUGAGAGAACCCUCUAUCGACUAUUGAAUACUUGGGAAUCGACGGAAUCUGACCUUUCGCCGAAAGAGAAGAGAGCUCGCCUGGCCGCAGAAGCAGUACGCGCCAAUUCUCAUCCAGCUUAUGAAACCGAUAUCCCCACACAAGAAACAGAGCUUGUUCUCCGAGAACUCUGGAGCCGAGUUCUCAAUACUGAGCCUCAGGAUAUCGGCAGGAAAGACAGCUUUUUGAGCCUUGGAGGAGAUUCGAUUAUUGCUAUUGAGCUUGUUACAUUGGCUGAGAAGUAUGGAAUUGGACUCACAGCUGCUACGAUAGUUAGCAAUCCAGUGCUUGCCAACAUGGCCGCCAUGGCGACCUUGGGUGAGAUCAACCAUGUGGCAUACGACGUUGAGCCUUUGGCCCUAUUGGAAACUACAGAAAUUGAUACAAUACUGGGCGAAAUUCGAGCCAAGUGCGAACUGCCUGAUGACAGUCUCAUUCGGGAUGCGUUCCCCUGCACGGCGCUCCAGGCCGGUAUCAUGGCCCUGGCAGAGAAGCAGCCUGGAUCGUACAUGACAAGGCAGAUAUAUGAACUGCCAAACCAUGUUGAUGUUUCACGAUUUAAAUUAGCAUGGCAAAAGACGGUAGAACGCUGCGAUAACCUACGCACCAGAGUUCUGCCAGUGAAUGGCCAGACGAUCCAGGCAGUGAUCGAGGGUGAUACUGCCUGGGAGGAAACAGCUGGCGAGACAAUGGAUUCCUUUGCAUCUAAGGCUAAAAGAAUCACAAUGACAUAUGGAUCGCGCCUGUGUCGAUACGCAUUGGUUUGCAAUGCGGAUGGGAAGUCUUAUUUCGUCUGGAUCAUACACCACGCAAUUUUUGACGGAUUAAGUGCUCGCCUCACACUUGAUAUAUUGUAUCAGCUAUACUAUGGCCAAGAGGCAAGUGCUUUGCGGCCGUAUUCAGGCUUUAUCAAGUAUACUCAGUCCAUUGACCAAGAUGCUGCGAGCAGCUUUUGGAAGAAACAGCUGCAGGACGCGCGUCGAGCCAAUUUCCCUCGGGUUUUAAAUUCGAAAUAUGGCAUUGCUGGUCGUGUUGUGGCAAAGGAGAUUCCGUUUCCACAUACGGCCGAAAUUUCUAUUACAAAAGCAACGAUAUUGCGAGCUGCCUGGGCCAUUGUUUUGGCUCGGUACUGCGAUACAGAUGAUGUUUGCUUUGGUACUACUGUUUCUGGGAGACAAGCCCCUGUCCCUGGAAUCAAUCAGAUGGCUGGAUUUAUCAUUGCUACGGCGCCUAUUCGAGUCCGCCUGAUGCGCGACGAGUCUGUUACCAAAUUCUUACAAGAUAUCCAGACGCAGGCGUCUGAAAUGGUUGAGUUCGAGCAAUAUGGGUUGCAGAAUAUUGCAAGGCUCAGUGACGAUGCAAGGGAUGCGUGUAAUUUCUCGAGUCUGUUUGUCAUUCAGCCUUCGAGAUCAUUAUCGUCCACAGCUGAUUCCAAGACUGAGAACGCGAUACUGCUCCGUGGCAGUUCUGUAGAACAGGAGUUGUCUGACGCCUCCAUGCAGAAUUAUUUCAACUAUCCUCUUGUCUUGGAAACUUUUGUAGAGAAUGGCCAUGUCGACUUGCGCAUCACAUAUGAUUCUAAUUCGAUGAAUGAGGGUAUAAUUGAAGCACUAUUCCACCACUUUGACCAUGUGGUGCAGCAGCUUCUUCGACCACUGAAUCGUCCGCUUUCUGCAAUUACUCUGGCAGGAGAUUGGGACUUGAAACUUGCAAAGAGAUUUAAUAGUGAAGAGCCUGAGAUUGUGGACCUCUGCUUCCACCAAAUGGUUGAGAACCAAGCGUUAAGGCGACCUAGUAGUGUUGCAAUUUGCGCAUGGGACGGCACUUUCACGUAUCGUGAUCUUAGCAGGGCGUCGAAUAGGCUAGCUCACCAUCUGGUGAACGAGUACAAUGUCCAGAAAGAGGACUUGGUUCACGUGUGUUUUGAAAAAUCGGCCUGGUACCUCAUUGCGAUACUUGCAAUCAACAAAGCUGGAGCAGCAUGGGUUCCUCUUGACCCUUCUCAUCCUCAGCAGCGACUGAAGCAAAUAGUUUCGCAGACAAAGGCAAAACUGGCGCUGGCUUCACCAACUUGCUCGAAGUUAUGUAACAACCUAGUAUGUUCAGUUCUUCAGGUGUGCUCGGAUUUGGACAAUAGAUUAGCCGAGUGUAGUACGCGUGGUCCGAAUGUGGAUGUAUCUCCGCGAAAUGCUGCCUACGUACUGUUUACGUCUGGAAGCACUGGCACCCCGAAAGGCUUUGUAAUGGAACACGGGCCUCUAUGUACGAGUCAGAAGGCAAUUGGGAAGAGGCUUGGCAUAACACCUCAAGCCAGAAUGCUGCAAUUCGCUUCAUACGUUUUUGAUCUCUCAGUCUUUGAGAUCGUUCAGCCAUUGAUCACAGGAGCUUGUUGUUGCGUACCCUCAAGUAGCUAUCGCUUGGACGGCAUAACUCAUUUUAUUAGCGACUCGAAAGUUAAUUGGGCCUCUUUUACGCCGUCGUUUGCGAGAACGUUUGAUCCAUCAGAAGUUCCAAGUUUGGAAGUGUUGCUGAUAACAGGAGAGACUUUUGAGAGCGAUGUUUUCCAAAUGUGGGUUGAAAGAGGCGGCCUAAGAUUGAUCACUGGCUGGGGGCCUGCAGAGACCUGUGUUUUUAGUAGCAUGCACGAGUUCAAGUCUGCAGAUGAGUCUAAUCUCAACAUAGGACGCCAACUUGGAGGUUAUUGCUGGAUUGUUGACCCUUCGGAUCCGCAGCAGCUGGCGCCUAUUGGAGUUGUUGGCGAAAUUGUCAUUCAAGGACCUACCAUUUUGCGAGAGUAUCUGAAUGAUCCAAAAAAGACAAGCGAGGCAAUCAUUACUGCGCUGCCGGACUGGGCGCCCCAUCGUGAAUCCACGUAUUGGAAUCGGUUUUAUAAAUCAGGCGACCUGGCGUACUAUAAUUCCGAUGGCACCAUGGAAUUUGUCAGUCGCAAGGACACGCAGGUAAAAAUUAAAGGUUUCCGUGUUGAAUUAGGAGAAAUUGAGCAUCACAUUCGAGCGACUUUGAUUGGCGUUUCCGUGGUUAUCGUUGAUAUCCUCAAAAGUGACGCCAACUCUCAGUUGGUGGCUUAUUUCUCUUUGUCAAAGGAGAGGCGUGCUGCCAGUGAGCUGGGAAAGGAGAGCAACGACAUGUUCCUGCAACUCACAGAGGAACUAAGGGAGAAAGUUUCGGUAAUGGUAGACGAGCUCAAUACUUUAUUGCCGCAGUAUAUGAUUCCCACUCUGUUUAUCCCAUGUCGCUACACGCCCGCGAAUACAUCGUUGAAGCUAGACAGGAAGUUGCUGCGCAAUUUCACCCAAAGGAUGAACCAAGACGAAUUGAUUCAAUACUCACUCAGCGCGAGAGACAAGAGAAAGCCGGAGACUGAAAUAGAACUCCGCAUGCAAAAUCUCUGGUCGGAGACACUGAAAAUUGCAACAGACUUGAUCGGAUGCGAUGACAGCUUUCUUCAGAUUGGCGGCGACUCUCUGACUGCUAUCCAUCUGGUUGCUGCUGCUCGUAAAGCUGGCCUGUGUCUGACGGUGAAAGAUAUCUUCGAUGACCCGCGACUGAGGGUAGUCGCUUCGAAAACGGUCGUAGCCCAUGCAUACCGCGAGAAGCCAGCUGAAAUACCACCGUUCAGUCUAUUGGGAGGCUCUCUUCGUGUCACUGAUCUUACAAAAACUCUGCGAUCGAAAUAUAAUCUGCCGGAACAAGCCAUCGUUGAAGACGCAUUUCCAUGCACUUCGCUUCAACAGGGUCUUCUAGCACUCUCAAUGACGCAAUCUGGAUCUUAUAUCGCCAGACAGGUGUAUCGGCUGUCUGAUGAUAUUGAUAUCGCCAAAUUUCGGUCGGCUUGGGAGAAAACUCUCUCGCUAUGUUCUAAUCUGCGAACACGAAUCGUGCCUUUUGGUGAUGCUGCCAUUCAGGUUGUUAUCAACGGAUAUGAAGAAUGGGAUUCAACUGAAGGAUUGAGCGUUGAAACGUAUAUUCAGCGGCCUGAAAUGUUAGAGAUGGGCCAUGGUACACGAUUAUGCCGAUAUGCCCUUAUCCAAGAAGCCGAGAGUGGCCUCUAUUUCGUCUUCAGCGCUCAUCAUUGUAUCUUCGAUGGUUGGAGCUUGCCCCUUAUCUUUGGUGCUCUGUGUGCAUUAUAUCGCGAGGCAACUGUGCCGACAAUCAGACCUUAUGCCGACUUUGUCAACUAUACAAUGGGAUUGGAUCGAGAUGCCGCAGCGAAGUAUUGGAGUGCUCAGCUUCAGGGCGCGCAACAAGCUUCUUUCCCACCUGCUCUGGAGCUUGCACGCCAGUCGGACAUUAAAGCUACCCGCGUAUUAACUCACACGGUUCGAUUUCCUUUACUAACGAAUCGUUCCAUCACAAAAGCAUCCGUCUUACGGGCUGCGUGGGCAAUUGUACUCGGCCGGUACUGUGAUAGUGAUGAUAUUUGUUUUGGCACAGUAUCCUCUGGGCGCAAUGCUGACGUCCAAGAUUUAGAAUCCAUCCCGGGCUUGGUGGUGGCCACUGUUCCUGUUCGGGUGCGGAUGGAUCGCGAGAUGGCAAUUGGCUCAUUUCUGCAGAUGGUUCAAAGCCUUACGAAUGAUAUGAUUCCGUACGAACAGUUUGGUUUGCAAGAAAUAUUGAAGUUGAACGAAGAGGCUAAACAAGCCUGCAACUUCACCAGUCUCUUGACGUUGCAACCGAUGCAAGUAGAUGCUGCCGGUGGAUCUCUUCUGACGCCUGUCAGCUCUGGGAGUGAGAUAUUCACAAAGACUCUACAGAAUUAUUUUAGCUACCCGUUAAUAGUUCAAUGUCAGCUGCACGACCAUGGCGCGACGUUGGAGCUCAUUUACAAUGCAAGCAUCUUACAAGAAUGGAGAGUUCAAGCAUUAUCUCUUCAUCUUGAUAACGUUAUCCAGCAACUCUGUGAGCAAAAAGAUAGACCCCUGAGUUCUAUUUCUGUUGCUGGAUCCUGGGAUGCCAAACAGGCCGCAGACUGGAAUCCGCCUAUUCAGCGGGUAGACUGUUGUGUUCACGACUUGAUCUCCGCUCAAGCUAGACUAACACCAGAACACGAGGCACUUUUCUCCUCAGAAGAACCUUUGACAUAUGCUGAUCUUGACAGCCUCUCAGAUGCUCUGGCGACACAUCUCCUAUCAUUUGGAGUAGGUCCAGAAGUUGUCGUUCCCUUCUGUAUGGAAAAGUCUGUCUGGGCUGUUGUUGCCAUGCUGGCAAUUAUGAAAGCUGGUGGAGUCUAUCUCCCUCUUGAUCCUUCGCAUCCAGUAAAUCGAAGGAAAAUGAUUGUUGCAGAUGUAGGUGCUAGCAUCGUAAUAGUGUCUCCAUCGACAUCUGCGACCUGCGACAAUUUAACGGAGAAUGUCUUCGUUUUAUCACGUUCAACAAUAACUAAGUUGUCCGCACCGUUGAAAACUGCUGUUGGUCCAACAAAAAGAUCCUCGCCCAGUAACGCCGCCUAUGUAUUGUUCACAUCCGGCUCCACGGGAAAGCCCAAAGGUACUGUUAUUGAGCAUGCUGCUGUUUGCACUAGCAUCCAAGGAUUUGGAAAAGCGGCAAAACUCAGCAACAACUCUAGGUCUCUGCAAUUUUCAGCGUUCACCUUCGAUAUUAGUGUAGCCGAAAUUUUAGGCACUCUUGUCUUCGGCGGCACCGUUUGUAUUCCCUCGGAGAAAGAACGCUUGCAGGGCAUUCCUGAGUUUGUCAGACAGGCGAAGGUAAAUAUAGCUUUUCUCACGCCCUCAUUUCUACGGACCAUGUCUCCGAUCGAAGUCCCUGAUCUUAAAGCAAUGAUGCUUGUUGGCGAGGCGGCUGCUCGUGAUACCUUGGAUGCGUGGUGCGAUCAUGUGCGCCUGGUGAAUUUGUACGGGCCUACAGAAAUUACUGUCUGCUGUACAGCUCAUGACUAUAUCUUGAGUGAUAGUCCCACGAUGAUUGGACGGCCAUACAAUAGCGCUUGCUGGGUUAUUGAACCAGGAAAUCACCAUAAACUUGCGCCUAUUGGCUGUGUGGGCGAGCUUGUGAUCCAAGGCCAUACUGUUGGCCGUGGGUAUAUGAAUGAGCCAGAGAAAACAAGCCAAGUCUUUUUGUCAGAGAUAGGAGGUGCUCCAUCCGAGCCGUCCCGGUUUUACUUGACUGGCGAUCUAGUUAGAUACUUGGCUGGUGGUUCGAUGGAAUAUUUGGGGCGUAAAGACAAGCAAGUCAAGCUUCGCGGUCAUCGUAUCGAGCUUGGUGAGAUCGAGGCCACUAUCAAGCAACUGAUGCCGGAAGUUGCUUAUGCUGCCGCGGAAAUCCUUCGAAGGGACAUUGGAGAUUCUAUAAUUGCAUUUAUAUCUUACAAAGAUAAUGAUAUAUAUCCAUCAGAAAAUAUCAUUAUUCCAUUAGAGCAAUCAAUGCGCGAACAGCUUACAGCUCUCCUUGGCAAGCUGAGACACGAGCUGCCGGGCUAUAUGGUUCCUAGUUUGGUUAUCCCCCUUCGUGAGAUGCCGUUUAAUGCGGCGUUGAAGCUAGACCGUGGAAGGCUCCUGGGACUGAUUAAAGACUGGAAAACAGAACAACUUACGGUUUAUUCUUUGUCAGAGAAGGAUAGAGUCGCCCCAACAACCGAGAUGGAAGUCAAGUUGCAGCGUCUAUGGGCUAAGGUGUUAAAGAUUGACGUUGAAAUGAUUGGCAAAAAUGACCCCUUUUUCGAAAUUGGCGGCGACUCACUGUCGGCAAUUCGACUUUCUUCUUUAGCGAACCAGUACGGCAUUAAGUUGCCUGUAGAUGCCGUAUUUGCUGACUCAAAACUGUCGUCCAUGGCCGUUGUAGCUGCAGCUGCUGGAAAUGUUGAAAGAGAAGUUGAGCUGGCGCCAUUCAGUCUGCUUCCUUUUGAGAAAACAGACGCAAUUACAAAGACUAUUCGACACCAGUGCAAGCUAUCAGACACUCAAGCCAUUCAAGAUAUUUAUCCUUGCAGUGCACUUCAGGAAGGUCUAAUGGCUCUAACUGUUACCAAACCUGGUUCCUAUAUAGCUAAGAAUGCUUACAAGAUUCCUGCAUACUUCGAUAUAGCAAUAUUCAAGGCAGCAUGGGAAAGGACGAUUAGUUUAUGCGACAAUUUGCGGACAAGAAUUCUGAUAAUUGAAGAUGUUUGCGUCCAAGUCGUGUUGGAUCAUGAUGUCUCAUGGGAAGAAGCUUCCGCCACUGAUGCUGAAUCGUAUGUGUCACGCUCACAGAAUGUGAGAAUGGGCUAUGGGUCGCGGCUUUCGCACUAUAGUAUUUUAGAAACGGAAAACGGCGAAGCGUAUUUCUUUUGGACGAUUCACCAUGCAAUUUUCGACGGAUGGACCCUCGGUAUCAUCAUCAAUACACUGACUGCGCUACUGAGAAAUGAAGCGCCGCCGACCCUGGUUUCUAUGCGGAAGUUUGUGAAAUAUUUUAUGGAUAUGGACGUCAAGGCUGCCAAUAAGUAUUGGCUUAAUCAGCUACAAGAUGCGAAGCCAGCUUUGUUCCCCCCUCGGGUGUCAAGACGCCAAGCUAUCACUGAGGAAAAGAGAACCAAUGUUUUGACCAGCACUAUGAAGUUCUCCCCCUCGCGUAGUACCAUCACGAAGGCUACAGUUAUGAGAGCUGCUUGGGCUAUAAUUCUUGCAAAAUAUUGUGAUAGCGAUGACGUCUGCUUUGGAACAACAGUAUCUGGACGGACUGCCUCUAUCCCCGGGCUUGAGUCGAUGCCCGGAGUGACGAUCGCAACAGUGCCUGUCAGAAUUCGAUUGAGCUCUGAUGUAACAUUAAGCAAUUUCCUUGAGAGAGUUCAAAUUCAGGGAUCCGAAAUGGUGGCAUAUGAGCAAUUUGGUCUCCAAAAUAUCACCAAGUUAAGCCCACAGAUCAAAGAAGCUUGCGACUUUUCGAGCUUGAUGGUUGUGCAGCCUUCUGGAGGCGAUGGUCCUGAUUCGAUCCUCGAGGCUUUGAACUCUAGCGAGAAAUUUACGGAAGAGAUGCUACAGAACUAUUUUACCUACCCUUUAAUUCUCCACUGCUUUAUCGGCGAGGAAUCAGUAAAGCUCGUCUUCAUUUACGACACUACCCUUUUGGCGGAAUCUCAGAUAAGAGUCCUCUCGUUCCAAUUCGAGAAUGUGAUUCAGCAACUGGUUACACCCGAUGAACGAAAGCUCACGGAUGUAAAUGUUGCGGGAGAUUCGGAUUUCAAAUACGCUCUUGCCGCCAACGGGCAACCUCCAGAAAUUGUAGAGGAAUGUAUUCAUACUCUUAUUGACCGAGCUGCGGCUAAGUAUCCGAACUUGCCUGCUGUAUCGGCUUGGGAUGCUGAGCUUACUUACAAAGAGCUCAUUGCUGCUGCCGAUAGGUUAGCGAACCAUCUAGUCACCUCCCAUAAGGUUCAAAUCGGGGAUAUAAUACACGUUUGCUUCGAAAAGUCGGCCUGGUAUGUAGUGGCUACCCUUGCUAUCAGCAAGACUGGAGCAGCAUGGUCGCCUCUUGAUCCUGCCCAUCCACUUCAACGCCACAAACAGGUUGUCGCACAAACCGGAUCUUCCCUUGCCUUGGCAUCGCCAUCGAACGUAUCGAGAUGCUCCAGAUUGGUUGAAAACGUACUUGAAGUAUCAGCAAAAUUGGAUACUCGGCUGAUGAAGGAAGGUCGAUAUGAGCAUAAGCCAGAUGGUAAUGUGACGCCUCAACACGUUGCUUAUAUCCUCUUCACGUCUGGAAGCACUGGCACUCCAAAAGGUGUUAUAAUCGAACACUCGGCUCUUUCCAGCGCUCAAAUGGCGGCCAGUAAAAGAAUCGGUCAUUGUCCAGGGGUACGGAUGCUGCAAUUUGCUUCCUAUGCCUUUGACGCCUCUGUCGGGGAGAUUAUCUCGCCUCUUCUAACGGGUGCCUGUGUGUGUAUUCCGUCAUGGGAUACUCAGAUGAAUUGUCUGACUCAGUAUAUCUGUGACGCGCAAGUGACCUGGGCUAUGUUGACCCCUUCAUUUGCCCGCACAAUACAGCCUGAGAGCGUACCAUGCCUCCAGAUGCUGAUGCUGGUAGGCGAAGCGGUGGGACGUGAUGUUUUCGAACUGUGGUUUGGAAAGAUUCGUCUGUUAAAUGGCUGGGGCCCUACGGAGUCUUGCGUCUAUGGAGCUAUCCACGAGUGGAAAUCGCGGGAAGAAUCACAGUUGACGGUUGGGCAAUCGGUCGGCGGAUUUUGCUGGAUCGUCGAUGCAAAUAAUCCCAAUAUACUGGCUCCUAUCGGAACCUUGGGUGAAGUAAUCAUUCAAGGCCCUAAUUUACUCCGAGAAUACCUGGCAGAUGAGAAAAAGACUGCUUUAUCAACUAUGCAAGCUCCGGAAUGGGCACCGUACCAGGAUUCACCGUACUGGAGACGAUGUUACAAAACUGGAGAUCUGGCCAUGUAUAACCCAGAUGGCUCUAUCCAAUACCACAGCCGGAAAGACAUGCAAGUUAAAAUCCGUGGGCUGCGUAUCGAGCUGGGAGACAUUGAACACCAUAUUCACACAAAACUCGAUGGAAUUUGUCAAGUUGCUGUUGAUGUCCUGAAAACGGAUAUUUCUACCGGUUUAGCUGCGUUUCUUUGCUUCAAUAAUGAUACUAUUGCAGCCGGCACGCCUGUUCCCGAUGAUCUCAUUCAACCCUUCACAGAAGACUUGAAAGUUUUGCUUCAUACGCUUCGUGAGCGUCUAAACUCUGCGCUGCCGACGUAUAUGAUGCCAGCGUUUUUCAUAACUUGCAGUGCUAUGCCACUCGCUACUUCUGGAAAAUUGGAUCGAAAGAUGCUACUUGGAUUGACCAAGCAGCUUGAUCGACAAGAGCUGAACCAGUAUACACUGGAGGAUGGGGAAAGGAUCAAAGAAUUGCCACAGACUGAUAUGGAACGCCGUCUUCAGCAGAUGUGGGGCGAAAUCCUUCAUAUUCCUUCACAAGAGAUUUUCCGUGACACGAAUUUUCUAGGAAUCGGUGGUGAUUCUGUUGCUGCUAUUCGGCUUGUGUCUCAUGCUCAAAAUCAUGGCAUUUCCCUGACCGUUAGUGACAUUUUUGACGAUCCGAGACUGGUCUCAGUGGCCUCUAAAGCUUAUUCAAUGGAAGAUGAUGAUAUAGAAGAAGCCAUUAUUCCUCCAUUUAGCUUGAUAGAACGAGAAUACUUGAGCCUCGUUUUAAAUAGCUCCACCAAAAACCUUCUGGGGAUUUCUAGUGAUAAGCAAAUCGAGGAUGCCUAUCCCUGCUCGAAAAUGCAGGAAGGCCUAAUGGCGCUCGCCAUAAAACAGCCAGGCUCAUAUAUCGCCAAGUUCAUUUAUCGCCUUUCCGAUAGUACAGAUAUUUCAAGGUUUAAAGAUGCUUGGGAGCAUACUGUCGAGGUUGUUGGUAGUCUGAGAACUCGUAUUGUCCAGUUGGGUGGCUUGUCCUUCCAAAUAGUCAUCAAUGAGGACAUACAGUGGGAUAAUACCAGCGGGAAAUCAUUGGAAACGUAUUUAUUCGAUCUCAAAAAAGUGCGAAUGAAUCAUGGUUCACGUCUAAGCCAAUAUGCUGUUCUUACAGAAGAGGCUUCACAAAAGUCCUACUUCAUCUUGACGAUGCAUCAUGCCAUCUUUGAUGGCUGGUCUGUAAGGAAUAUUCUAAACAUGCUGCAGAGCUUUUACCAUGGUCAUAGCAACGUUAUAUCUCAGCCUUAUACUAGAUUUAUUCAGUAUACUUUGGAAUUGGACUAUGAUGCGGCUGUUGAAUACUGGGAGGCACAAUUACAAGGAGGUAAACGUGCCUCAUUCCCCCCUACAAAAGCAGUUUCAUCUUCUAGCCCGGCAAAUGCUAGUAACACGCGUAUACUAAAUAGGAUAAUCGAAGUACCGAACAUCGCUAGUUCUGGUAUUACGAUGGCAACAGUAUUGAGGGCAACUUGGGCUCUUGUUCUUGCUCGGUACUGCGAAACGGAUGAUGUAUGCUUUGGCGCAACCAUCUCAGGAAGGCAAGCUGCGGUGAAUGGCCUUGUGGAAAUGAUAGGACCGAUUAUUGCAACUGUACCGGUACGACUUCGUUCUGACCCUAAGAAAUCUGUUGCGGACUUUUUGCGUUACGUUCAAAACCAUGCUACCGACAUGGUUCCAUAUGAACAAUUUGGUACCCAGAAUAUUGCAAAAAUCAGUAAUGAUGCCAAAGAUGCUUGUGACUUUUCGAGUCUCUUAGUCGUCCAGCCCAUGCAGUCGCUACUUGGAGAUGGCAAUGAGAAUAUCAUGGUGGCUUCUGAAGAAGGUAAACACGCAGAAACCUUUGAGAACUACUUCAGUUAUCCAUUGGUCAUCCAGGGCCAUUUACAUGAGAGUCAAAUUGAACUUGUACUUAUAUACAACUCGCAAAUAUUGAUGGAACAGGGGUUAAUCGCAUUGUCGCAUCAAUUCGAACAUGUUGCUCAACAGCUCGCUUCUCAAACAGGCAUGACUAUCAGAGAUAUAUCUAUAGCCUCUGAUUGGGAUGUUCAACGGGCAGCUAAGCUAAAUCCCGAAAUGCCUGAUAUUAUUGACUCAUGUGUUCAUACUCUUAUCGAAAAGCAAGCCAUUAUUCGCCCAAGUGCCCUUGCAGUCGAUGCGUGGGACGGCCGUUUUACUUAUGCAGAAUACAACCAGUCUGCCAAUCGAUUGGCGCAUUAUAUGGUCAAUGAAUAUGGCGUCAAGACGGGAGACUUUAUUUAUGUCUGUUUUGAAAAGACAGCUUGGUAUAUGGUAUCCAUUUUGGCAAUCAAUAAAGCUGGAGCUACCUGGGUUCCCCUUGACCCUUCACAUCCUCCACAGCGGCUCGCCAAAAUUGUCUCACAGACCAAAGCAGCAAUUGCGUUAACCUCACCAGUUAACAAGGCUAUCUGUGAAAGUUUCUUACCCACCAUUAUCGAAGUUACUGCAUCCUUCGAUAAGAAGUUGGCUGAGACUUUUAGAGACUUGGAUAAAGAUGGUCCCAAAACAAAGGUUUCGCCUCGAGAUGCUGUGUACAUGCUGUUUACAUCGGGUAGUACGGGAAUACCAAAAGGAUUUGUGAUGCAGCAUGGUGCCGUCUCUACCAGUCAAUCUGCUAUUGCAAAGAGAUUGAGGAUGACGGCGGAAGUCAAGAUCCUGCAGUUCGCAUCCCAUGUAUUUGACCUGUCUAUUGGCGAAAUAAUUGCGCCUCUGAUCACGGGUGCCUGCGUUUGCAUACCUUCCGAGCAUGCGAGAAUGAACGGGUUGCCGGACUAUAUUCGUGAGACCGGUAUAAACUGGGCCUUCUUCACCCCAUCGUUUAUUCGGACCAUUAAACCGGCUGAUGUACCUAGCCUUGAACUUGUUUUACUGGCUGGCGAGGCUGUUCCGCGAGACGUUCUAAACACUUGGUUCGGUAAAGUUCGUUUAGUCAAUGGCUGGGGGCCCGCGGAGACAUGCGUUUUCAGUACGCUUCAUGAGUGGACUUCUAUUCACGAGUCAUCUUUAACCGUUGGCAAGCCUGUCGGUGGUUUAUGUUGGAUUGUAGAUGCUGAUGACCCCUCGAAACUGGCUCCAAUAGGCGCCACUGGUGAAAUUAUUAUCCAAGGCCCAACGCUGUUGCGAGAAUAUUUUGCUGAUGAAGAUCGAACAAAAGCAACAAUAUUGAUGUCUCUUCCUAGCUGGGCUCCUCAUCAGCAUUUGCUACAUUAUAGCCGGUUUUAUAAAUCGGGGGAUCUAGGCUUCUAUAACCCAGAUGGCACCAUUGAGUUUUCAGCUCGUAAAGAUACCCAAAUCAAGAUCAGAGGCCUUCGUGUUGAGCUCAGUGAAGUUGAACAUCAUCUCCAAAUUGCUCUUCCACAGGCACAGCAAGUUGCAGUUGACGUGUUUAAAACUGAACAAGGAACGAAUUUGGUGGCCUAUUUCUGCUUAAGUAGCGAAAAUAGAACAUGCGACAUCGAUGGAGAUGAUGGAAUAUUCCUUCCGAUUGAUGAAGAAUUACAGACAUGCUUGAUAACCACAGUUGGUGAGCUAAAUGUCGCUCUUCCACGAUAUAUGAUACCAAGUCUCUUUAUACCGUGUAGUUAUAUGCCUGUCAUCACUUCCACUAAACUUGAUCGCAAAAAGCUUCGUCAAGCAACGGCCAAAUUAUCCCAGGAUAAUCUUGCGUUAUACUCCCUUGUACGGUCUAAAAAACGCGCUCCCGAAACGCCUAUGGAAUCCCUAUUGCAAAAAAUCUGGGCUGAAAUUCUCAACAUUCCCAUAGGGUCAAUAGGUCGUGAUGAUAGCUUCUUGUCACUUGGUGGUGAUUCUAUUGCGGCAAUUCACUUGGUUAAUACUGCUCGUGCUGAUGGCAUUGAACUUCAUGCCAAGGAUAUUUUCGACGAUCCUCGUUUGCUGGCUGUCGCCGCGGCCGCAAAAGAGGUAGACUGUAUAGAGGAUAAUAUUUCUGAGCUGUUGCCGUUUGAUCAAGUUGAUAAGGCCACACGGAAAUGGGCAAUUGGAAAAUCUCUGGCAGCCCAACUUCAAUUAUCCGGUAAUAAGAUUGUUGAGGACGCUUAUCCCUGCACGAAACUGCAGGAGGGUCUAAUGGCUCUGAGCUUGAUAUACCCAGGCUCAUAUACUGCAAAAUAUGUCUACAAACUCUCCGACCAUGUAGACAUCGAUCGUUUUAGAAGCGCAUGGGAAGAAACAAUUGACCUUUGCGGUAUACUUCGGACACGUGUUGUGCUCUUUGAUGGAAGUUGUGUUCAAGUCGUGGUUAAGAAUGACCACCUGUGGGAUGAGAGCAGCAGCAGCUUGAAGACUGCUGUAGAAAAGACAAAAGCGCUUCGAAUGUCUUAUGAUUCACAGUUAUCACAGUUUACGAUUACAAAAGACGAUGACGGAAAUAGUUACUUCCUGUGGACAAUUCAUCAUGCGAUUCACGAUGGAUGGACGGUCCCGCUUCUGUUACAAACAUUCUAUCAAGCUUAUCAAGACCGUCCUCCCUUUAUUCCGCUGCCUUAUUCUAAUUUCAUCCGGCACUUGGAAGAUAUGAAAGAAUCCGAGGCUCGUGCUUACUGGACCAAGGAACUUGCAAAUGCCAAACAUUCUGCUUUCCCAGCAUCGAGACCAGGUUCCAAAAUCUUACAUACUGGAACGACAAGCUCGAUUCUCAAUUUUCCCGCUUUGUCCAGCUCUAUAAUCACGAAAGCAACGAUUCUGCGCGCAGCUUGGGCGAUCGUUCUAGCAAAAUACUGUAGUUCUGAUGAUGUUUGCUUUGGCGCUACAAUAUCGGGCCGUCAAGCCUCUGUCGAUGGAUUACUCAACGUGGCCGGGCCAACAGUUGCUACUGUACCUAUCCGGGUCCGUAUUGAUCCCAAACAACAGGUAUUGGACUUCCUUCAAAUCGUCCAGCGCCAAGCCACCGAAAUGAUGCCUUAUGAACAAUUCGGUUUACAAAACAUCUCUAGAUUGAGCCCUGAAGCCAAGGUAGCUUGUGAUUUUUCUAGUUUGCUGUUGAUUCAGCCGAUGCAGCAGUUUACCGAUGAUAGCGAAAUGGUCAGCGUCAUGGCCAUCGCGGAUACUGGACUAGAUGCUCAGGAAACUCUGGUUCAGAACUACUACACCUAUCCGCUAGUCAUUCAGGGACACAUAUAUAGCGAUCGUGUGGAAUUUGUGACUAUAUAUGACACAGCUGCUAUCUCCCAAUCUCAGAUAGAAGGUCUGAUACAUCAAUUUGAUGGUGUUGUCGAGCAGCUAGUCUUGCGGCAGAGGCUAACGCUUGACGAGAUAUCGGUCACCAGCGCUCAAGAUAUACAACUUUCUCUGAAGCUCAAUGACAGCAAGCCGGAAAUCAUAGACUGCUGUAUCCAUACACUCAUCUCACAUCGAGCUAAAAUGUCAUCAAGUGCGCCCGCCAUUUAUGCUUGGGAUGGCCAACUCACAUAUGCUGAACUCGAACAAGCCACUGACAGAUUGGCUUUACAUCUUCUUCAAAAGUUCAAUGUUUGCGUCGGAGAUAUUAUCCACAUUUGUUUCGAAAAGUCCAUGUGGUAUGUCGUAGCUAUUCUUGCCGUCAACAAGGCUGGCGCCACAUGGGCACCACUUGAUCCAACGCAUCCUAUUCAGCGGCUACAUACGGUUGCUAAGCAGACCGGCUCUUCGUUAACGUUAUCUUCUCCUUCUCAAAUGAAACUAUGUAGGCAGUUGACAAAACGAGUUGUUGAAGUAGGCCCAGAGCUUGAUAAAAGGCUCCAGCAAAGCGCUGCCAGCAACCUGCCGCGCGUUUGUGUGACGCCAGAAGAUGCAGCCUACAUAUUAUUUACUUCCGGAAGCACUGGAUCCCCCAAGGGCAUUAUCAUGGAGCAUAAGGCUCUCUGUACGAGCCAAACAGAUAUUAGCAAGCGACUAAAACUCACUGACGACGUAAGAAUGCUUCAAUUUUCUUCGUUCGUUUUCGAUGUUUCUGUUGGUGAGAUCAUGGCACCUCUUAUGCAUGGUGCUUGCGUCUGUAUUCCUUCAGAUGACAUGAGAUUAAAUGGGGCCCUCGAUGAGUUCGUCCGUUCUGCAAAAGUAACGUGGGCAUACUUAACUCCAUCAUUCACACGAACACUGAAACCAGAAGAUUUUGCUGGAUUGAAGCUUCUGCUCCUCGUUGGCGAAGCCUUCCCACAAGAAGUGUUGGAUAGAUGGUUUGGUAAGGUGAGAUUGAUUAAUGCCUGGGGUCCAGCCGAAACAUGUGUUUUCAGCUCUAUUCAUGAAUGGAAAUCUUCAACGGAACAGGUUUCGACCAUUGGUCGGCCAGUAGGCUCUUAUGUUUGGGUGACAGAUGCUGAUAACCCUCAUCGGACAGCACCAAUUGGCUGCGAAGGCGAGAUUGUUGUCCAAGGACCUGCUUUGCUACGUGAAUAUCUCUCUGAUCCCGACAAAACUUCAGCAUCAAUACUAUCUGAUCUCCCCGAGUGGGCGCCAGAUCACACGUUAAAAGACUGGGACCGGUUUUACAAAACUGGCGACCUGGGUUACUUUAGCCAGGACGGCAAUCUUCAUUAUGUGGGUCGAAAAGAUUCUCAAGUUAAGAUCAGAGGUUUGCGUGUUGAGCUGGGUGAGAUUGAGCAUCAGGUUCGUAGAGCUAUAAGCUCUGCGCGCCAAGUCUCUGUUGACGUCUUCACAAAUGAAUCUGCCACUCAUCUUGUCGUAUAUAUUUGCUUUACAGAUGAUACUAAGACACCCCAUCAGAUGCUUAAUCAGAAUGAAAACGGCCUCCUUAUGGGUAUCACAGACGAUUUGCGUAAGAUGCUCAGCGAGUUAGUGGAAGCUUUGACUCUGGUCCUCCCUCGCCAUAUGAUCCCGACGCUCUUCAUUCCCCUGAAUUAUCUUCCUCUCAUAUCUUCUGCUAAGUUGGACAAGACCAAGCUUCGAAAAAUGAUUGGUGACUUCUCUCAGCAUCAGUGGAGUCAAUUUGCUCUCGCGGAUGGCGCUCCAAGGAGAGGUCCUGAAACUUCAAUGGAGGCUCGUUUGCAAAAGCUUUGGGCGACUAUUUUGAAUAUUCCUAUUAAUACGAUUAGCCGAAAUGAUAGCUUCUUACGUAUUGGAGGAGAUUCAAUCGGCGCCAUUCAGCUUGUCUCAUUGGCACGGGAAGCUGGUAUCCAUCUUCAAAUCAAUCAAAUUUUUGAGAACUCGCGCCUUAGCCACCUGGCAUUAGUCGCGCGUGAUGUUCGUGGCAUAGAAGACGGAUUGGAAGACACUACUGAGCCUUUUGGGCUGUUAAGCCAAUCUAUGAAGACCUUGGUUACUGAUCCCAGCCGUCGCAGCGAAUAUGGCCUCGAAGAUUAUGAUGUUAUUGAAGAUGCUUUCCCGUGCACAAAGCUUCAAGAGGGCCUUAUGGCCAUUGCCGCGAAACAAAAAGGGUCUUAUCUAACCAUAAAUAUUACCAAGAUCCCAUCUGACGUGGACAUUCAGCGAUUCAAAUCUGCUUGGGAACGAACUAUUGCUAGCUGUAGCAAUCUGCGCACAAGGAUAGUUCUCGUAAAUAACGUCCCCAUUCAAAUUCAGCUCAAGGCAAACACAACAUGGGAAACUGUCAACAGCACUCUUGACGCAUAUAGAGCUGCUUGUAAGAACAUCGAAGUUGGUUAUAAUACAGCACUCUGCCAAUACUGUUUGUUUGAAGAUAGUGGCAAGCACUAUUUUGCGCUUAAUAUGCACCACGCAAUCUUUGAUGGCUGGAGCUUGUCGCUAAUAUUUCAGACAUUGCAUGCAGCUUAUGAAGGAAUGGAUCUACCUAAGCUAUUACCGUACUCAAAAUUUGUGAAGUACGUCAAUGGAAUAAGCAAUGAUGAUUCUGUUAACUAUUGGAAAACUCAACUCAAUGAGGCGAAGCCGGCCAUGUUUCCCCUACACCAAAUCACUUCAAAUGCCAAACAAGCUACUGCAACGUUGGAGCAAAGGAUUUAUGUCCCACGUGCAGAGAAUUCUGCAAUCACCAAAGCCACCAUAUUACGAGCCGCUUGGUCUAUCAUUCUCGCGCGUUAUAGUGAUACAGAUGAUGUCUGCUUCGGCUCCGUUGUCUCUGGCCGUAACGCAUCAGUCCCUGGCCUGGCCGCUAUACCAGGUCUUGUGACGGCCACGGUGCCAGUAAGAGUUAAACUUGAUCGCAAGAGUUCUAUAAAACAGUUCUUGGAGGAUAUCCAGUCUCAAGCAUCAAAAAUGGUGCCCUACGAGCAGUUUGGAAUCCAGAACAUUUCCAAAAUUGACGAGCACACCAAAUUAGCCUGCAACUUCUCCAGUUUGAUGAUUGUGCAGCCAGCAAAGCAAAUGGGUCUGAUAAUUGACAAAAAUGAAACUUCUAUCCUAGAGCCAGUUCCUACGAGUGAAAAUCUAGAUGAUGUAAUGGAUAGUUUCUUUAACUAUCCAUUGAUAGCCCAGUGUUACAUCUUUGGAGAUGAAGUCGACUUGUUGCUCGUUUAUGACUCUAAUAGUCUAGCUAAGCACCAAUUAUCUGCUCUACUUAACCAGUUCAAACAUGUUGUGGAGCAGCUACUCACGUUAGAUGAGACGCCUUUGGAAGAGAUAUCUCUGUCGAGCUCUUGGGAUCUUGAACAAGCUAUUGGAUACAAUAAGCAGAAAAUUGGAGUAGUCGAUGCAUAUAUUCACAAUUUAUUCUCUACUCAAGUGCAACGCAAUCCGACGAAAGAAGCACUGUUUUCUUCCGAAACAUCUAUGACAUACAAAGAUCUAGAUCGCUUUUCCACCUUGUUGGCUAAUAAUCUUCGCCUUCUUAAUGCGGGCCCAGGAACAUUUAUUCCUUUUUGUUUUGACAAGUCCGUAUGGGCAGUGGUUACAAUGCUUGGAAUACUCAAGUCUGGAGCAGCUUUCGUUCCGUUGGAUUCGUCUCACCCGCGCGUCCGCCUGGAGGCUUUGAUUCAGGAGAUAGGGGCUGAAAUAAUGGUAGUUUCCUCAGCAUCUAUGUCAUCAUGCCAUGGUCUUGUCAAAAAUAUUGUGGAAAUGUCGCCAUCAUUUAUUUCUGCCCUUGAGGCUACUGAAAUGGUAACAGCGGAUUAUCCAGCUAUCAAGCAAUCCAUAAGUGAUCCUGCUUAUAUCAUCUUCACCUCUGGAUCUACUGGUAAGCCCAAGGGCGUGGUUAUUCAGCAUUUCGCGUUCAGUACAAGCAUGACAGGCUUGGGCCAAGCUAUUGGUGUAGAUUUAUCAACAAGAACAUUCCAAUUUGCUGGAUACGUAUUUGACGCCAUGCUAUACGAAAUUUUUGUUCCUUUGAUAAACGGUGGCACGGUUUGCAUUCCUUCCAAUUCUGAGAGGCUUCAGGAUGUGCCUGGUUUUAUUGGAAAAGCACAAUGCAAUCACAUGUUCCUCACUCCAUCUUUCGCGAGAACAAUUAAACCAUCCUCUGUUCCCACUAUAAAAACACUAACGGUUGGUGGUGAACUUGUCACUAAGGACAUAUUCGAGACGUGGUGCGGCGCAGUGCGGCUCUUUAAUAUUUAUGGCCCAACAGAGUCCUGCGUCGUAGCACUGACUCAUGAGGUACGGUCAAGUAGCGUCUCCGGCAAGAUUAUAGGGCAAGGCUUUAAUAGUGCCGUUUGGAUUGUUGAUUCUGAAGAUCGCCGUCGACUUACUCCGAUUGGAUGUGUUGGUGAACUUGUAAUCCAAGGCCAUGUGUUGUCCGCUGGCUAUUUUAAGGACUCCGAAAAAACAAAAGCAGCUUUCUCAGAAGCUGUUGACUGCCUACCGCCUUCACUUAUAGGCGGGCCCCAGAGGUUUUAUUUCACCGGGGACUUAGUCAAAUAUACUCCCGACGGUCUCAUAGAAUAUAUCGAGAGAAAAGACCUGCAAGUGAAGCUGCGUGGUCAACGAAUUGAGCUUGGUGAAGUUGAGUAUCACUUGAAGCGAUCGCUUCCGAAUAUCAAUCACGUUGCUGUUGAUGUUCUUCAUCACAAAUCGGGCGCUACUUUGACUGCCUUUAUUAGCUUUACGGACGAAAAGACUGGAGACAAUAUCUUCUUACCACUCGACGAUUCCGUUCGAUCAUCAUUAGUGUCAGUAGGGACUUAUUUGAAGGCUCGUCUCCCGCCUUAUAUGAUGCCGAAGCUGAUCUUGCCUCUCAAACGUAUGCCUUUCGUCAGUUCAUUAAAAGUCGAUCGCAAGCUACUUUUGAAUAUAGCGGCUAGUUUAUCAACUGAAAAGAUCGCUGACUAUUCUACAAGACGACAAAAAAAGGCGGGGCCAGUAACUGAAAUGGAGCGCAAAUUGUGCGAGCUGUCAGAGAUUGUUCUCAAAACUAGCACUGGGGAGAUUGGUCGACACGAUAGGUUCUUAGAGAUUGGUGGUGACUCUAUCACCGCGAUCCAACUGGUAAAUCUAGCUCAGAAGGCCGGUAUCAGCCUAACAGUGGCUGACAUAUUUGCGGACUCUGAAAUUUCGGUGCUAUCCGCCUUAGCAAGUGGCCAAGAGCUAAGCAAAGUCACUGAUCUUGAGCCAUUUGCCCUUUUGUCGCAUGCCAAACUAGAUGUUUUAUUAGCAGAAGUAUCGAAUCUGUGCAGCUUAACAGACACCAAAUCCAUUGAAGACGCUUAUCCAUGCACCCAGCUACAGCAAGGCAUUAUGGCUUUGUCUAUCAAACAGCUAGGAUCCUAUGUGGCGAAGAAUACAUAUAGACUUCCGGGCCAUGUCGAUAUAGGCCGAUUCAAGGUCGCCUGGGACAAGACUAUGACAAUUUGUAGCAACUUACGGACGAGAAUUGCGCUUGUUAAUAAUACGGCCAUCCAAGUAAUUCUACAAGAUUGUCACGAAUGGGAAUCUACAGAUGGCAUUGGCUUCCCUACAUAUUGCCGUAUGAUGUCUGAAAUCAAGAUGGGAUAUGGAUCUAGCCUUGUUCGAUACGCCUUAGUUCAGCAUGACGGAAGCCAUUAUUUCUGCCUCGCCAUGCAUCACAGUAUUUUUGAUGGCUGGUCAAUGAGCUGCAUCAUGGGCACAUUGGAUGCUAUCUACCGAGGAAAUGAGCCUCCGCCUCUAGCCCAGUAUGCACGUUUUGUUAAACAUACCAUGGACCUCCAAUUUGAUAUCACCAGGGCUUACUGGCUUGGACAACUCCGUGAAGCUAAGCGUGCUUCGUUCCCAGCCAGUACCAGCGAGGUCACAGCUGUUAGUGGAGUUACCCGCUAUGUCAGCAAGAAGAUAGCAUUCUCCAACCUUGCUAGAACUUCGGUCACCAAAGCGUCAGUGAUUAGGGCCGCGUGGGCUAUCAUACUUGGUCGCUAUUCCGAUACCGAUGAUGUGUGCUUUGGCGCCAGUGUUUCCGGCCGCAAUGCAGCUCUCAUUGGCGCUGAUUCUAUGCCUGGAGUAAUGUUAGCAACAGUGCCGGUUCGUGUUCAGAUCAAUAGGAAUCAGACAGUAUCAGAAUAUCUGCGCAACAUUCAAGCACAGAGUACUGAUAUGGUUGCAUAUGAGCAAUUCGGUCUCCAGAAUAUCUCUUCCCUUAGCAAGAAUGCCAAAGACGCUUGUAACUUUUCUAGCUUGCUCGUCAUCCAACCCGCUGGAUUUUUUACUCAGGGAAGCAGCGAUUCGGGUGCAAUUUUAGUUGAUGAGAGCUCCGAUGAAGCAAUCGAGGGUAGAAUUCAAAACUUCAUCAACUAUCCUCUCGUGGUCCAAGCUCUACUAUUCGACAACAAAGUAGAGAUUGUACUCAUGUACAACACAGCUUGUUUAUCUAAACCCCAAGCAGUGGCGCUUUCUGAGCAAUUCAACCAUGUUAUUCAACAGCUGCUCUCUCAGGGAGAACAGCCUCUAAGCAGUGUCUCUGUUGCAGGUCCAUGGGAUAUGCAACAAGCAGUCAGGUGGAACUCAGCCGACCUUGAACCAGUUGAUGACUGCCUUCAUAGUCUUGUCUCAAGCCAAGCUAGGCGUCGACCGAAACAUGAGGCAAUUUACUCUACUGAGGGCUCUAUGACCUAUGCGAAGCUCGAUCUUCUUUCUUCACAACUGGCCGUUGUCUUGCGAGAAAAGGGUGUUGGGUCAGAUGUAUUUGUGCCUAUUUGUCUUGAAAAAUCUGUUUGGGCUAUUGUUGCUAUGCUCGGUAUACUUAAAGCGGGCGGUGCCUUUGUGCCCCUGGAUCCAAGACAUCCUAGCGCUCGUCGCCAAGCAUUGGUCAACACCGUUGGAGCUCAAGUUCUUAUUGUAUCUCCAUCUAUUGCCAAGGAAUGUAUGAACAUGACGAAAAAUAUCAUUGUGCUGUCGUCAAGUAUGAUCUCAGAACUGUACAAGAUCAAAGAGACGACAAUACUUGAUGUGGCUAAACCAACAAAUGCGGCUUAUAUGCUUUUCACAUCGGGAUCUACAGGCCAACCUAAAGGUGUUAUCGUCGAGCACCAGGGUAUCUGCACGUCUCUAAUUGGCGAGCAUAGCGCAUUCAAUACUGACGAGAACUCUCGCUGGUUCCAAUUUGCAAACUACGUCUUCGACGCUUGCAUUACAGAAAUAUUCGCCGCUUUGACAGCAGGCGGCACUGUCUGUGUGCCUACUGAGACAGAGAGAAUGCACCAUAUCGCAAAGUUUAUAACUGAUGCCUGUGUGAAUAUCACGCUGUUGACGCCAACAGUAGUAAAGACAUUGGCACCUGACUCAGUCCCUUCACUCAAGACACUGAUUCUCGGUGGGGAGGCUGCUUCAAAGGACAUCCUACAAACAUGGUACGGACGGCUGGACUUGCGCAAUGCGUACGGCCCUGCCGAGGCUUGCAUUUCGUCUUCUGCGCAUGUUUAUACAUCUUCGGCCGAUUCUGUCACUACCAUAGGUCGUGGAUUUGCUCACCAUUGCUGGGUUGUGGAUUCCGAAAACUACCAAAAACUUGCGCCAGUCGGCUGCGUGGGAGAGCUUUUGGUUCAAGGCCCCGCUUUGGCACGAGGAUACUUUUCGGAUGAAGAAAAAACGAAAUACUCCUUCUUAGAAGAUGCGAAAUGGUUGCCUGUGGAAUAUACGAAGUUUCGUCGAUUUUACAGAACAGGAGAUUUGGUGAGGUACAUUGAGGAUGGAACGCUGGAAUAUCUCGGUAGGAAAGAUAAACAAAUUAAGGUUCGUGGUCAACGGAUAGAGGUUGGAGAGAUUGAAUACCAGGUGAAGAAACUGGAGAAGAAAAUCGAACAUGUCGCGGUUGACAUUAUCAACAAAGAGUCAUUGGCGGCAUUUGUUACCUUCAGGAGUGAAACAAAUGGUGACGCGGUGAAAGAGAAUAUUGAAUUCCAGGUCAAGGGUGAUCAUAUGGAAGAUUUAUUCUCUCAGCUUUGGGCAAAUAUGAGCUAUGUCUUGCCCCAACACAUGCUACCAUCAUAUAUCAUACCUGUUUCCCAAAUGCCUCGAAACAGUGCCGGCAAGCUUGAUCGCAAACUGCUGUUGCAGGCGGCUGCCCAACUUCCCACCGGUGAACUCGCGCAGUACUUAUCUGGCCAACGAACAAUCUUCCGCGAUUGUACUAAUGAUAUGGAAAUAUGGAUACGAUCCCAAUGGGCGUAUGUACUAAAUCUGCCUGCAGAAACUAUUAGCGUCGACGACAAUUUUUACCAGUUGGGUGGCGAUUCCAUUCGUAUCGUCACUCUUGCCAAGUCUAUUCUAAGUGAGUACGGUGUGAGUUUGGGACUCUCCAUUCUUAACAGCAAACAUACAACAAUCAGCAGUAUGGCCAAGUUUAUUGAAAGCGGUGAGGGGGAUGCUUCUGAUGAGGGAUCAGAGGCAUAUCUAGUGGAGAGGAUACAGUCGAUUACCAAGAGCAUCUCAGCUUCUACGCUGAAAAACCUGGUCAAUCGGCCAAUUGUAAAACUAUCCGAUAAAUCAACAGUCUUCCUCACAGGCGCCACGGGCUUCUUAGGAACAGAACUCCUCCGACAGCUACUACGCAACAUAUAUGUAGAAUCAGUUAUCGUACUCGUUCGGUGCAACUCACCACAGCAUGGACUAGAACGAAUCAGGGCAGUAGCCCAGACAGCCAAAUGGUGGCGCAAGAACGAUGCAAAGAAGAUUCAAGUUUGGGUUGGUGACUUGGGAAAACCGCGGUUGGGGCUCAACGCCCACCAGUGGGAGAGAUUGUCAGGAACGUGUAAGACGCAUAGCAACAUCGACGCCAUUGUUCAUAACGGAGCUGUGGUUAACUGGAAUGCGGAUUAUGAUAAGCUCGGAGCAGCUAAUGUUAACUCAACUGUUGAACUGCUCAACAUCUCAGCCGCAUCUCCAGCGCAUCCCAGAUUCGUUUUUGUGUCUGGUGGUCUGAAAACAGAUCCUGAAGACGAUCAAGCAGCCGUUGCCGCACAGCUUGGACAAUUAAACGGCUACGUGCAGACCAAAUUUGUUUGCGAAAGUGUUAUCCAAAACGCUUUGAAGAGCCUCCCUGCCAAGCAAAAUCGGCUUUCGAUUGUCAAACCCGGCCGCAUUAUUGGAGCACAGAAUAAUGGAGUUGCCAAUGUGGAUGACUUGAUUUGGCGUGUUGUUUCAGGAGCCGCCGCCAUCCACGCUUAUCCAGUUGAGCCUACAGAAAACUGGAUGUACCUUGCGGAUGUCAGUAGUGUUGCAUCAAUUGUGCUGAAUCAGGUCUUAGAAGAGGGCCCCAUUUGCCCGUUUAUCCAUGUCACUGGCGGCAUGCCUACGCCGGUGUUUUGGGAGCUGGUGAACCAGGAACUGCAUGUAAAGUGCAAAGCCGUAUCUUGGGAAGAAUGGAAAGACUCUGCACUAGCUGCUAUGAACGAAAUAGGAGAUAAACAUCCUCUUUGGCCGGUUCAACAAUUUUUGGGGGCUCUCGGUGCGCCAAGAUCAGCAAAGGAGUUGGCUACAGAGCCCUCGAAGCAUAAGCAGUGGCACGAGGCGGUUAAAAAGAACGUGCAGUACUUGAGAAGCAUUGGGUUUAUUGCCUCAUCCGUGAAAGAACUGGGAAAUGUGACGGACGGUGCCAUUAAACGAAUUCAUUAAGUCAGGGGAGGUUAUUUGUGAGACGAUGUCGGGAUACCAUAGCAUGUCUAAGCUUUUUCUUGUAUCGGCUUGUUUCAUUAUAGGUAGAUUUAUACUAUGUACUUCCGAAACAUGAAUGAAAGAAG